AGGUGCUCUGAGGAGAGGACUCGGGGCAAUGUGACAGGGGAAGAGACCCGCCAGAAGGGUCAGGCUCCAGGACUGGCGCCCCGCGUGGGUAACGAGAGCUCAGAGCAGGAAGCCAGGCGUGCUUCGAGGCAGGAGUAGGCGCGCCCGGGAGGCGGCUCCUAGGGCCCGGGCCCCGCCUCCGGCAGUAGCGUGCGGCAGGCAGGGCAGUGGAGGACAGUGGAGGGAGCUCCGGGCCAGAGGCGUGGCCGCGGCGCCCCGAGGGGGCGUCCUCCGGGCGGGGCGGGACGUGGCCGCCUCCGCGGGCUCCGGUGCGUCAGGGCGCGUCAGGCGGGGCGGGGCGGGACGAGCGCGGGCGGCGGCGGCGGCGGCGCGCGCUCGCCUCCUCCUCCUCCUCCUCCCGCACUUGAGCAGCCGCCGCCGGCCGGACGGGCGCUGCUCCUGCCGCCUCCGCUUGGUCUGCGUUGCGCGCCCUUUUCCGGCAUGUCGGCAGCGGUAGCGUGCGUGGAUUACUUCGCAGCCGACGUGCUCAUGGCCAUCUCCUCCGGCGCCGUAGUGCACCGAGGGCGGCCGGGCCCCGAGGGCGCGGGCCCCGCCACCGGCCUGGAUGUGCGCGCGCCACGCCGCGAGGCCGCCCCGCCCGGGCCCCCGGGGCCGCAUCCGCCGCCCCCCCGGGCCACCCCCGGCCCGAGUCCAGGAGCCGCCGCCGCGCCCCACCUGCUAGCUGCCAGCAUCCUGGCCGACCUGCGUGGCGGCCCCGCUGCGGCCCCGGGGGUCGCCUCUUCCACCUCCUCCUCCUCGGCCGCCUCGUCCCCGUCCUCCGGCCGCGCCCCCGGUGCCGCGCCUGCCGCCUCCAAGAGCCACCGCUGUCCUUUCCCGGGCUGCGCCAAAGCGUACUACAAAUCCUCUCACCUCAAAUCGCACCUGCGAACGCACACAGGUGAGCGCCCCUUUGCCUGUGACUGGCCAGGCUGUGACAAGAAGUUCGCACGGUCCGACGAGCUGGCCCGCCACCACCGGACGCACACGGGGGAGAAGCGCUUCCCCUGUCCGCUCUGCUCCAAGCGCUUCACCCGCAGUGACCACCUCACCAAGCACGCGCGCCGCCACCCAGGCUUCCGCCCGGAACUGCUCCGGCGUCCGGGCACCCGCAGCACCUCGCCCAGCGACUCUCUGCCCUGCAGCCUGGCUGGCAGCCCCGCACCCAGCCCAGCACCCAGCCCAGCCCCUGCUGGCCUGUAGGGCCUGUCCAGCCCACCCGGAGCUCACCCCACCCAGAACACCAGCAACAUGCCUGUUGUCCAGGCCCCCUUCCAGUGUCCCCUCAAGGGCCCUAAGAUGCCUCUACUCCCCUCAAGAAAGCAAGGUGGGGGGCCUGAGACUGGACUGGGGGCAGCUGGACCUUGGAGAUGGCUCCCCGGGAUGGGUGGCUGGGGCCCAUGUCUGUAAAUAGCCAUGACCUAUAACUCUUCCCAUCUGCUAAAUUGGGACCCUAGGUGGGUGGCUGGCAGGUGCUCUCCUUUCCCCUUCACCACUUCCCUGGUUUGGGGGAUGUGUGGGGUGGGCCAGGAAAGGCGCCCCCUGCCCAGUGUUCGGAAUCGGCCGCAGGCCCUUCCUCCAGGUUGGGAAGAAGUGUGCAAAGAGCCAUAGAGGAACCAGGCGUGACAGAGGGCCCACCUGUCCCUACCCGCCCGCCUGGGGCCCCUCACCCCACAGAAAGCCAUUGGAGUUGUUCAGGGAAAUAGGGUGCGGCCUGGCCGUCCCCCACUCGGGUAUUCGAUCUCAGGUGUCCACAGGUUCAGCCCUCCUGCUCACAGGAGGGGCCCCCCCAGCUCCCCAGCCCUGAGAGGCAGGGGAUAGGGGGAGGGUCUGGGUUUUGCUUCUGAGAUGGGGGAGGGCAGGAGAGGAACAGGGUUCUUCCAAAGAGCAGUUUGCCUCACUUUGGGGGGGCAGGUAAGGGGGAUAGAGUGAAUGCUGGCUUAUUUAUUUUCUUGUCUCUGCUGGCUGGGGGCUGUCCUGUGCCCCUGGGUGGGUGUGUGAAUGUGUGAGUAAGACAGUUCUUCGGGGAAGCUGCUGUCACAGCUGCGUCCUGCUCCUGCAGGAGCAGGACCCCUGAUUUUGGCCUUCCGAAGCAUCAUGUGACAAUCAGUCCCUCCUCUUCCUCUCCUCCCCUGCAGAUGGAGGCGGGAGCCCUGGCUCUAUUCUGCCUCUGCUGCGUGUCCCCCUGGGCUGCAAGGCCUGUACCAGUCAGUGAUCAAGGUCCUGACUGCAAGGACAGGAGGCGGGAGGACUAGCCCCAGACUCCCUAGGAAUAGGACUCUCUGGGAAUAGCUCAUUUUUGUUUGUUUGUUUUUUACUGGGUAGAGUAUUUUUUCAGGUGCCCUUCUUCUCGAUCUGGCCCGAGGGUGGUCUGCCAUCCUCAGGAGAUAAGGUGUGAGGGGAGGGUCCUUGUGAUCUGAACUUAAGAUGGAGAGGGGUGGAUGCCAUGUCCUCUGGUAUAGUUGGCUGGAUUUCAUCUUGGACAGAGGCACUGAGGACCCCACCCUGCUAGAGUGGGAAGAUACCCAGGCGCUCUGCCCCCAGACCCUAAAAGGGCUUGUCCCCCCCACCAUUGGCUGCAGGAGGUUUGUGGCAUCUGCAUUUGUUCCAGAGCCGCCUUGUGUCCCAACUAGGGGCCGGGGGUUUGGAUGGCACUGUUGUGAACCCAGACCCAGCCUGGCAGGAUCCAGGGACGGGUGCCUGGGGUCCUGGGAGGGAGGGGGGUGGUAAGUCCUUUUGGGGCUGAGUCUAUCUUCAGGUCUGGCCUACGGGUAGACCCUUGCAAGGCUGGCCCAUCUACCCUUAAUCCUUCCUCUCCCAGAGAUGGUGAAAUGCCUUAGCCUGUGAGAGCAGUGGGGCAUGGGCCCUGUUAACCAUUGUGUCUGUGUGGAUGUCCCCUCAGUUGUCCUCGGCCUGGCAGGUGCCUGUCCACAGGACUGUGGAUCCCAGGGGCCUAGAGAGACCCACACCCCCCUCCUUCAAGGGGCCAGUGGUAGCUGUGGCCUUUGAAGGUUGGGGGCAGGGGAGGGAGAAUAGCGUCCCUAGGGACUCGUGCUUUCUUGGGUGGCGCCCCUCUCCCCUUCUCUGCCCCACUUCAUCCUUGUAUUUAAUUAAACAAGCCCUUUUUUAAACCCAA